CGAACACAAGUCAUUGCUUUUAAAAAUGAUUGGUUGGUUGAUAAUUUUAGUAACCUUUUUGGGCUACCUUUACCUUAAACACGUUUACUCGUACUGGAAUAGAAAAGGCGUUCCAGGUCCGAAGCCCACUUUUUUCUUCGGAAAUAUAGGCUUAACUUUUUUGAGGAAAAAAUCUAUGGGAGAAAUAUUUACAGAUAUAUACAGGCAAUAUGAAGACCAUCCUUUCGUAGGAGUUUACAGGGCAGCAACUCCAUGUUUAAUAAUAAAGGAUCCUGAUUUUAUAAAAGACGUCACAGUAAAACAUUUUAAAUGUUUCGAAAAUAAUGAUGUUGAGGUACCAGAACAUAAAAACCCAUUAAUUGGAAGAAAUCCUUUUGUUUCAAAUGAUGCAGAAUGGAAAAAAUUAAGAAGUCAAUUAACGGGAGCUUUCACGAGUGGUAAAAUGAAAUCACUGUUUCCCAUUGUAAACGAAAUCGGCCAAGAGUUUGUGGAAUACUUAAACAAACAAAUAGCCCAGUCAAAGGAAACAUCAAUAGAUUGCAGAUCAGAGAUGGGAAAAUUCACUUUGCAAAAUGUGGCAAAUUUUUCGGUUGGAAUCGAUGCAAAGGCUUUCGAAGACGAAGACGGUGAUUUUAAAUUUAUUGCUAAUAAUUUUAUCACGCCUGGGUGGGGUGAUUUUACUACGAACUUUAUUUUUAUACUCCCAUACUGGUUUAAUCUAUUUAAAAUUGAAGUAUUUAAUAAAGCAGUUGACUUAAAAACCCUAUCAAUCGUGGAAGAAUGCUUAAAAUAUAGACAAGCCAGCAAUAUUACCCGAUAUGAUGUACUUAAUCAUCUGCAAAAUCAAUCGAAAGAUUUUAAUUUAAUUGAGAUAGCCUCAGGUGUUUCAGCUUUAAUUAUGGAUGGGUAUGACACCAGCGCAAGCGUUUUAACUUAUGUUAUUUAUCAACUGAGUAUAAAUGAGGAAAUUCAAAGUAAAUUACGAAAUGAAAUUGAAGAAAAAUUGAAUGAUUGUGAAGAUAAAAUGACAUAUGAAGUUGUUCAGGAUAUGAAAUAUCUGGACUCUUGUAUAAUGGAAACAUUAAGGCUUCAUCCAAUAUUCCUUACGCUGGGAAAAAGAUGCAACAAUUCGUACACAUACACCACAUCUGAAGAUUCCAGUUUCAAAAAAAUGUCUGUAACUGUAGAACCUGGCACCACGGUAAUUAUUCCCGUCACUGGACUACAUACAGAUCCCAAAUAUUUCGAAAAGCCCGAUGAAUUUAAUCCUGAUAGAUUUUUGAAUAACGUUGAAAUCCCGAAAUAUGUGUACAUGCCUUUUGGGGAAGGACCAAGGGCUUGUUUAGGGCGCCAAUUCGGAUUAUUACAAUUAAAAAUUGCUCUAGUUUACUUGGUUAAAAACUUUCAACUCCGUUUAAGUGAAGAAAGUGAUAAAGAAUUGAAAAUUGAACCAUGGCAUUUUAUAAAAGCUCCAGUGGGUAAAAUAAAAAUUAAUCUAAAAAAAAUAUAAAAACCAAAGUUAGAUUCAACAAU